GGCCAAUUUCUGAAACGUCAUCAGUAGCGACGGAAACUGUCUCUUGUUGUAAGAAGCGCCCUUUUUGUUUUUCUUCUAUUUUAAACCAUUUUGAGUCGUCCUUUUCUAAAGCAACGAUACCAAUACACUAACCACGAUUCGGAGUAGCUAAGGAAGAAGACAGGCAACAUGCUUUCAUUUUUUUCUUCAGUCUGAUUCCUCGUAAAGGAUUUGAGGAGACCGCUUGUUUGGACGUGGGCAGAUAGGCAGUCUUUUUUCGGACCAGACUGAUCAUCAUCUGAGAAGACGAGCCCUGGUGCCAUCAUGGAUUUUGAUGCACUCUACAACAACAUUUUUCUGAAAGUUGGCAAGAGUAAUAAUAAUAAAAGAUUGAACAAAAUUUACUGUAAGCCGUGCAGAGUGCUCUGCCGUGGACAGAUGGUCUAUAUGAAGCACUGCAAUACCUUUGGACAUUUAGAGACCAUGAAGACCCUUUCCACUCAAGGUGCCCUCCUGUACAUUCUGAAGUACAAAGCUAAAACCCCAGUGCUUGGCCUGCAGAAUGUUGUCGUGUUUUCCUGCAUUAAUCACCCAGUCGCCUCCCUGAUAUAUUACUGCCGCUUGUGUAAUUUUGUAGAAAAGAAUAAAUUUGACGACCAUAUGAGAAGCUGUCAUCACCAGUACCUAUAUAUAAAAACUGAUUGUCCAGAAAUGAUAACAUUUGAAUGUGAUAACUUAUCAGACCAACAAGUUUCCACCAAAAUCCGUGAGGCAGCACAGUCUAUUGAGGAUAAAUACGGUAUUGGCGAAUUACAGGAGCUGAAGGUGUCGUUUGACAAGUUCAGCAGGCUUUUGGAAGGAAGUGCAGAUGUUGCUGAAGAGAUUUUUCUGGAAGAAAUGGAAGCAAAAAAUAAAGAAAUAAGUUCCCAAGCUGAAUCUACUGUCGACGCAAAGAGUGCAGAUCUUCAGCUUGCAAAAAAACAAAGAUAUAAAAAAUAUAAAAAAACUAAAUUCAAACCUAAUAAACCUGAAGACUGUCAUUUGCCAUUGGCUGCCAACAGCGUGCCAGAACCAACGGAUCACCUCAACAGUCAGUACAUGCUGAAUUAUGAAAUGGGAAGACGUUCUGAAAAGCAGGACGUGAUCCCCGAAUGGGGAGACAUUGUAAAACGGCAAAGGAUCACUGCACAGGUCUCAACUGGUGUGUCGUCAGUAAAUAGUCCUUGCCAGCCUGUGAGUAAUCCUCUCUAUUUUCAGUAUGCAGCAGACUUUGGAAAAAUGAGGGGGGGAAAGACUGUAGAAAGAGGAAGAUAUAAACACGCGGGUGGAUUCAAUUCUAAACAGCAAAGAAGGUUUGGAAGACAAAUGCCCUCAAAGAAAUAUGCAGAAGAAGCGAGCUGGUAUGCUGCUGCUGCUAUGGCUCAAAAUGGGAGGACGUUGAGUGAUGCCACCCAAGGUCGAAACUACAUUGGUGAUCCUAGUCCUGGAGUCCAGUUGAGCUCCUGGGGUACCGCGGCGAGCAGAAGUUAUGCUGCCGGAUUUCCACCCUACAUGUUUACUUCCAUCGCUUCAACUGGUGUGCUGCAGAAUUAUCGAGAAAGCCAGGAGUCAGGAUAUCAAGUGACAAGUCAUCCUUUAGCAAUGACGUCAACGCCUGAAGACAGCAAGUUCAGGACUGCAGAGGCUGAAAGAAGCAGCUCCUCAAAAGCAAAACCCGACAAACUUCCUCCACUGGAUUAUUUAACUCUUUUCAAGAAUAUGGUAGACAAGGCAUCUAAAAAACAAGAGAUGAAAGCCGCAGCCGUCACACAGAGUGCUCACAAGGAGGAAGAGACCCAGGAAACUGACACUCCUUCAAAUUCCUCCGCUGACUACUUCAUGCCUGAGCCCGAGCCUCCGCAGACUUCCAGUUCAAGUGGUUAUGUCCGAGUCAGACUGGGACCUGACCUGUCAAACACAGAUCGGAGUGACAACAAGUACAUUCCUUCGGCCUCUUCUGAGACAUUUGCCUCACUUCCCAGCUCCCAUCACAGCAGAGACACCGCAUAUUCAAGAGACUUUCAGUAUCCACCAACCAAAGCUCCUUUCUUGGAUAACAGGAAAGAAUUUCAGUGUGACUCUCAGACUCCAGAGACUUCCAGUUCAAGGGGUUAUGUGCGUGUCAGACUGGGUCCUGACCCCCCAAAGACAGGUGGCAGUGACCAGGCCAACAGCACAUUCUGCUCUUCCAAGAUGACAUCUUUUCUUCCCAGCUCUCAUCAGGACAGCAGACACACAUACUCAAGCAGUUCCUCGGGACCUUUGGCAGACCCAAGCCGUCAUUUGGAUCAGAUGAGUCAAUACAAGCCUGAGAUUCCUGAAUCUUCUGGUUCAAGAGGUUACAUGCGAUUCCAGUUGAAUCCUUAGCCCACAGGUGAGGAGGACCAGAUGAACGGCGAGAGAUCGUUGACGCUGCGCUGCUCUUCCAACAGUUGACGCUGGACCCGUCAUGUCAGCCCCUCGUGACCCUCCGUCACCUGACGCUGACAGCUUUAGGCCUUUGAGAUUUCGCUUGAGAGCCGCUGAAGUUCACCGUCGGGCUCACUUGGAUAAACGACGUGAAGACGUCUGAACGUCUCAAUCUGAACCUUACGUGACUCACGCUGGCCGUUUUGUUUGAGUGAGACGUGCAGAGACGACGCCAGCGUAAGUAGCUUUUGUUCCAGCGCCUUCACACCCAAAUGGAAUGAAUGAGAUUCUGUAAAAAGUUCAUUGGAUUUCACAUUUAAAGCAAAUAAAUAGUUGGAUCUUGAA